AUGUCGUCAAUUAGUAGUUUAAGUUGGGAUUAAUAAGAAAAUCCAUAAAAAACUAAAUUCAAGGAACUUUAUUUAAAUAAAUAUAGGAUAAAACUAGGUCUAUUAUCUAAUCAUAAAGAAUAAUUACCAAAAUCAGUAUCAAUCAUUUAUUAACUUUUUAGAAACCUAAUCAACGAAAUAUUUCAAUCAAAGAAUUAGAUCAUUUAAUAAAACCAGAAAUGAUCAAAGCAAAAAUUAUACCAGAUAAUUAAAAGGUACUCACAGCUUAAUUGUUAAGCAAGGUUAUAAUGAAAUAAUAAUAAUAAGAAUAUUUUUGUCAUUUUCCUGAAAUGACUAAAAAAAAGACAAAAAAAAGAUCAUAAACUUAGCAACAUAUGUGUAAUUAAUAAAGUAAAUAACAAAAAACAUUUGCUAGAACUGCUUAUUUAAUUGUGAUAUGA